UGCCGAUCUUGCAAUGCAAGCCGUGCCGAUGACGGAGGUGGGAGCGAUAGGCGAGAGGUAGGACGAAGCUCCCAGGCUUCCAACUAAGCUGAAUCAACAAGUUAACAUUCCACCGUCAAACUCGCCAUCAUGACCAUCUCCCACUACGGCGUCUGGAUCGGCCAGCCCACCCGCUACGAGGCUCAGACCGACGCCGAGGACCCCAAGUCCCCUCACAUCUACCUCUACUUCAAGGACGACACUUCCUCCCGCAAGCAGCUCGAGGCCGCCAUCAACGUCAAGUCCACCGAUACGGAUAGUCGCCUCGUCUACUGGUUCGACCGCAACUUCACCCACUCCAUCACCGAACAGCUUGGCAGCCUGGACCAGGGUUUCCACCUUCUCACCAGCUCCGUGCACAGUCAGUCGCGCCGGCGCCGCGAGGCUUCGACCAGCAUCCAGGGGCUGGACUUUGUCCGCACCAAGGGGCUGGUGGACAUCGACGCUGGCACGGUUCUCGGGGCGGACGGCGAUCAAGACAUCCUCGACCAGGUAGACCCCAUCCUGACGGAUGCGAUCAACCAGAAGGCGACCAUCUACAUCUUCGGCUCCUCGUAUGGCUCGGGGAUCCACGAUAUCCACAUGAAUCAGGGCAGCGAAGGCUACACCAACGGGAUCUAUGAAGACGGGGCCCUGUUGUUCCGGUUCGAUGAUGGGCAUUGGGAGGCGAUCUUCUUGGCCUUUGCGUCCCAGAAGAUCCCCACGGAUGACAAGGGUGAGCCCGAGAGCGAUAGCCAGUCGUUGGCUACGAUUCUGGGUCAGUAGGCGCCGGGCUGGUUUCGGG